UACCAUAUCCCCUUCUUUCUCUCUUCCCACCUUCUCAGCUCCUCUCUCUCUCUCUCUCAAUUUGUUGUUUUUCUUUUUCUAUUAACAAUGGAAUUUGGAGCUUCCUUCUGGUACAAAUCUCUACCCACCCCUUUUUGUAUCUUGUUCUUCUCAUUCACAGUCUCUUUCACUCUCUUAUCUCUCUUGCUCUUCAUACUAAGACUAAUCAAGCCAUGGUGUAACUGCGAAAUCUGCAGAAGCUACGUCACCCAGAGCUGGUCAUCAGAGUUCGACAACCUCUGCGACUGGUACACUCAUCUUCUCCGAAAAUCCCCAACCGGUACAAUUCACAUUCAUGUUCUCAGCAACACCAUCACUGCAAACCCUGAAAACGUCGAACACAUUCUCAAAACUCGAUUCGAGAAUUACCCAAAAGGAAAAUCCUUCUCUGCAAUCUUGGGUGAUCUUCUGGGUAAAGGUAUCUUCAACGUCGAUGGCGAUUCGUGGAAGUUUCAGAGAAAAAUGGCGAGUCUCGAGCUAGGAAGUGUCUCGAUACGAUCCUACGCUUUCGAGAUAGUCAGCUCGGAGAUUCAAACCAGGCUCAUUCCUCUCUUAUCAUCGCAUGCAGCCCAAAAAGGCAACAUUUUGGAUUUACAGGACGUGUUUCGGAGAUUUUCGUUUGAUAAUAUAUGUCGAUUUUCAUUCGGGUUAGACCCCGGUUGUCUUCAAUUAAUGUUAUCGAUCUCUGAUUUCGACAAAGCAUUUGAUUUGGCGUCGAAAUUGUCUGCAGAGCGAGCCAUGGCGGCUUCGCAGUUGAUAUGGAAGCUAAAAAGGACAUUAAAUUUGGGUACUGAGAAGAAGCUGAAACAAGCUAUUAAAAUUGUUGACCUCCUCGCUGAGGAGAUGAUCAAGAACAGGAGAAAGAUGGGUUUUUCGACACAGAAAGAUCUUCUUUCGAGGUUCAUGGGGACUAUAGAUGAUGAUCAGUACCUCAGAGACAUUGUCAUUAGCUUCCUCGUGGCUGGCCGCGACACGGUGGCUUCGGGGUUGACUAGCUUCUUCUGGCUGCUGGCUCAGCACCCGGAGGUUGAGAAGGCGAUUCGCGAUGAGUCGGACCGUGUCAUGGGUCCGGUUAGCCAGUCGGGUCUAGCUCAAGAACUUUCAAGCUUUGAUCAAAUGAGAGAGAUGUAUUACUUACAAGCUGCAAUUUAUGAGAGUAUGAGACUCUAUCCACCAGUUCAAUUUGAUUCAAAGUUUUGUGAAGAAGAUGAUACUCUCCCAGAUGGUACUUUUGUGAGAAAAGGCACCAGGGUUACCUACCAUCCCUAUGCAAUGGGUCGGAUGGAGCGGAUUUGGGGGCCAGACCACCUUAAAUUCAAGCCCGAGAGGUGGUUGCAAAGCGGUGUUUUCACUCCAGUCAGUCCUUUCAAGUACCCGGUUUUUCAGGCCGGACUUAGGGUUUGUUUGGGCAAGGAAAUGGCGCUUGUGGCGAUGAAAAGUGUUGCUAUUUCAUUAAUCCGGCGGUUCGAUAUCCAAGUGGUGACCCCAAGCCAGGCACCGACGUUCGUGCCAGGUCUGACCGCCACUGUGAGAGGCGGUCUUCCGGUGGUGAUUAGUGAGAGGAGAGACUAAUCUGGGAGAGACCACCAUUGUGUUCUUGACUAGUGGUGUUAUAUGCGUGUGUUUAAAGUUGAAGAGUCUCCUAAUGCAUGCACAAAUCCACGGUUUAGUUAGAAGAAUGAAAAUGAAUAGUAGUAACAUUUAUGAUCUGAUGGCUCUAAUGGGUUUGUGUUGCUAGAGGUUGUAUGAGUUUUUCCUUGUGUAAUUUUAGAUAACUAUGCACAUGUAAAUCUGAUUAGGCAUGAAAUAAAGGAGUGUCAUCUUUAGUCCAAA